AUGGCUUCGUCCAGCUUGAUUCAGCGGAAUGACGUGAGCGCGCUGCUCCGGCAGGUCCAGGGCAACUCUCUGUUUAAUCGCCAGCUCUCUACCGUCUGCCAGGUGAACGGGCUCAAGAGCACCGGCGUCAAGGCUGAGCUCCAGCGACGCAUUGUAAAUCGUGAGUCUCUCUACCCACCCAACAAUGACUUUGCGCGGUUCCAGCAGGUCAAACAGAGCAUCUUGCAGGCUAAUUCCCAGCGAGCGAGUCCAUCCAAGGCCACGACGGCUCGGGGCAACGGAUCCAUAGCGCAACCAGCCUUGCCCGCCUCCGCCUCCUCAACCUCGCCGUACGGCAGCGCGGGCUACGGCAGCCAGCGGGCAUAUGGGCAAGUCUCUGCAGACGGCUUGCCAGUCUCGCCCUAUGGCUCCGGAACGUACGGUUUCUCGUUCAAGCCAAGCCCCUUUUACACCAUCGAAGUCCCCGUGAGCGGUUUGCGUACCUGCGAAGGCAAGUCCAUGGCACAGCAUAGGAACUCUGUCACCAUCCCGCUAAAGCUAAGCCACUGCCCCAUUGCACAGCGAUGCAUCGACGACAAGUCUUACAGGAUCAUGGUGUUCUGUGCGAGCGACAACAGUGGCGUACAAGAUGUUGCGUUCCCACACCAAUCCGAGCUCCGGGUAAACGGCGACGAGAUCAAGGCCAACCUGCGAGGCCUCAAGAACAAGCCCGGCUCUACCAGACCGGUUGACAUUACCAAUGCUCUGCGCCUGAAAAGAGACUACAUGAACAAUAUCGAGUUUACGUAUGCGCUGACGACCAAGGUAAGUUUUAUCUUUCUUUCGCCUUUGCAGAAAUACUACCUCAUUGUCAACCUUUGCAAGGUUACCACAGUACCGGACCUGGUAGCGACAAUUGCCAGCCGUAGCAAGAUCACUGAAGAAUCGGUUAUAAGAGAUUUGAACAAGAUUGCACAGGACCCGGAUGUGGUGGCAACUUCCCAGGUGUUAUCGCUCAAGUGCCCUCUGUCCUACAUGAGAUUAGAAGUUCCCUGUCGGAGCGUGAGAUGCACGCAUCUCCAAUGCUUUGACGCAACCUCGUACUUGCAGCUCCAGGAGCAAGGUCCACAGUGGCUGUGUCCUAUCUGCAACAAACCGGCGCCAUUUGAACAGCUGGCCGUUGAUGGUUAUGUCAAGGCCAUUCUGGAAAAGACGCCAAAGAGCCUGGAGACUGUCACGAUUGAGCCGAAUGGCAAGUGGUCUAGCAAGCCACCCAGGGAGGAGACGUUGUCCAGACCAAACGGCGCACAACUCGAGGAUGAUGACGAUGCUGAUGACGACGACGACGACGAUGAUGAUGUUGAGGUGUCAGAAAUCAUCAUUGGCGGCCGUCGACCAGCUACGCCCAAGCACUUGACCCCGUAUACGGGCACUCCUGGCUCUGCGGGCCAUGAAGGGUCGGCGACAAGACCGCGGGGCAGCUCGCAUAGCGUCAAACGACCGGCGCCAGCAGUCAUUGACCUGACGCUGUCGUCUGACGAUGAAGAGCCAAUCCAGCGCCCGAGCAAGCGCCAGCAUACGGGGGCGAGCAGCUACCGCGGAUCCUCGUCGAAUCUCCCAUUCCUCAGCGAGUCCCCCAGCAACUAUACGCCCUAG